CUCUUAACUGCAUUUUUCUUUCUGUCUGAGAAGAGUACGAAUCUGAGCAUAUACAAAAUCCUCUGCAACUGCAAUGGCUUCCGGCGGAGGACGAGGAAAAGGCAAGGGUGUUAAAUCGGUUACCAGGUCGCAAAAGGCCGGUCUGCAGUUUCCGGUAGGAAGAAUCGGCCGCUAUCUGAAAACCGGCAGGUAUGCAAAGCGCGUCGGCGGCGGAGCUCCCGUCUAUCUUGCAGCCGUCAUGGAGUAUCUCGCAGCUGAGGUUUUGGAGUUGGCCGGAAAUGCGGCACGAGACAACAAGAAAACUCGGAUAAUUCCUCGACAUAUUCUACUUGCAGUAAGGAAUGAUGAGGAGCUCGGCAAGCUUUUAGGUAGCGUUACCAUUUCUUCUGGAGGAGUAUUGCCUAAUAUUCAUCAAGUUUUGCUGCCUAAGAAGGUCGGAAAGUCUAAGGAUGGUGCCGAUCCAGUCUCUCAAUCACAGGAGUUUUGAGCAGUGAAGGAUUCUCUGUGCUUUUGAACAGUUAGGGUUUCAUUUGUUGUUCAGGGGGGGUUCGGGGUUCAGGGUUUGCAACAUCAUUUAACCAUUUUGUGAUCCUUAGUUUCAAAAAAAAUUAUAGAGAAAUGUGAUUUCAUGUUUUAAACCGAUUUUUUUCACUUCCUCGGUGGAUAUCAUCACAAUAUCGGUUUCAGUAGUCUUGUUCUAAAUGCUUAUCAAGAUUUUGACAGUUGGUGAAAAACUGUGUAUGAAUACAAGUUUAUUUAAUGAAUUUUGAUACUUAUUACCA